AUGAUUUAUUUAUCCAGUCUGACAAGAAAAGACUGUGUGGACAUUGAACAUCACGGAAAUCCAGAAACAUGCUUUUUGAAUCAGCACGCGUUUGUGAGUUUUUGUGUAUAAUAUCGAAAAAUAUAGAAUUUUAUCAAUGAUUUCAGAUGAUUCCGUAUAAUUCCCUCGACUCAUAUUCGCUUGCAUUGUGCAUUGACAAAAAUGAGAGGCAGAGAAGUUCGGCGAUUUCAAAAGUAUCGAUUUCGGAGAAACAACGAAAUGUCAAUGUUUUUUAUGAAAAGUUAACAGAGGAACAGCUUGGAUAUAGUGUUGAUGAACAUAUUGAGGAAAUUCGGCGGAAUUUUUUCGGAGAUCAAAUCGGUGUCACAUUUCAAGGAUUCACUUAUGAUUCGAUAGUUGAUCCAACUCCUAAUUCGACUAUCUGUGUUUAUGAAAGUGUGCAUAAAAUGCUGAAUCGAUUUUAUGAGGAGAUUCGACGUUCGGAACUAGUUAACAAUAUGGUAGAACGUUUUUUAUCAACAGUUCCAAAUUUAUGUUUCGAUGCGGAUUUGGAAGGAUUCAAACAAGAUAAAGAAUCGAUAAUGAGUUAUAUUCGUUGUUUUCAAAAGAUUCGUCUCAUUAUCAACGAUCAAAUGGAAAAGUUUUCGGAUGGAUUUGAUAUGAAUUUGGCUGAAACUUGUUCCAAUUUAUGCAAUAUUUUUCUGCCGUUUUUUGAACGAAUUGUAUUAGAAAGCCAUUUGGUAAAUAAAUACAUAAUAUUGAAAAUUAAGAUUGAAAAUACAACAAUCUAAUGAAAACAUUAUUUCAGCUAUCUCGAAAAUCUUCCACGAUGAGUGAUAUUUUCGUUGUUAUCAAGAAUUUGGAAAGGGAUUUACCAGCAUCGGAUAAUGGCUUUGAUUUCGAAGAGAUUUUUCACAGAUGUUUUCAAGAUGUUUAUGAAAAAAUGGAUUAUAAGUUUGCAAUCUUUUUGGAUCCAAGAUAUGCCUAUAAAAAGCAGUAUAUGUCGAAUGUGGAAUGGGCGGAAGUUGCGAACAAAUUAGUGGAAAUGAGAGUUCCACACAAAAAAGAAAUUUUUCGAAAAGAGAUUGUGGAAUAUAAGCAACUCGUGGCUCUUCAUCCCAAUAUUUCGAAUUUAGAAGAAACAAUUGACUUCUGGCACGAAUUUGGAAGACGAUUACAAAAUAUUCGUCACAUUGCACAAUGCUUUUCAUCGAUUUUCCCGCAAUAUGUUCAUGAAAUUCCAGCUCGAAAUAUUGUAAAAUGUAGAGGAGAAGCUGAAACAGUUUUGCAAACUGAUUAUUUCCAGUAAGUUUCCAGUAUAAAAAUCAUACUAAGAAGGUGCCGAAAUUUUGAUAUUGAGAAUUAGAAUUUUUCAGAGGCGCUGGUUUCGAAAAACAUGUUUAUAUUUCGAAAGAAACGUAUUCAGCAUUUGCCAAAGGAUUCUUCUCUGACAUCGAAACCGCGAGAGAAAUCGAAAAAUGUAUUUUUAAUAUUAUGUAUGCGAGUUACUGCGACCGUCUUCCACCACAUUUGAAACAAAGUCAUGCUUAUAAUAUGUGUUAUCCAGCAACCAAUCAACCAUUUUCGAUUUGGAGAAAUCAAUCGAAUUCGAAUGUUUUGCAAACUGUUGUUCCUACUCCACAGUGAGUUUUUUAUUUUUGAAAAUUGGGAAAAAAUUGAAUUCCGAAUCAUUUUCAGGAAAUCGAAUGUAGCAAGUCAGUCAAAGAAUAAAGGACAAACAGUUGCUGUGAAAGAAAUCGAAAUGAUUAAAAUCGAAACGAGUUCAGAAGAUGAAAAUAGCGAUGACGAAAAAGCGAAAGAAGAAGAAUAUCAGAGAAGAUCGAAGGAAAUCAGGGAAACUGGUAUGAAAAAGUGAGUUUUUUCCACAAUGUUAUUUUUAAGAGUUCAACUUUUUAUAUAAGUUCGAAUUCAAAAAAAAAACAGUUUUUUCCUAUUUUCUCCACAGAAAAAUAAUAGAUAUGCUGCAAUACGAAUAUUUUGAUAGAAAAAUAAAAUAAUAAAAAGAUUAGGAAUAUGAUGAAUUUUGGAAUAGAGAAAGAGAGAAAAAAAAGGAAAAGAGAAGAAUACUAAAUAUAGUUUUCUGACACCGAAUAGUACCAUUUUAUCGAGAAAAAAACUCUAUUGAAAAUUUGAAAUUUUCAAAUACAUAGCUUGUCAAAAAUUUAGUCUAUGUUGAAAAGAUCUUUGAAAAAUUCGAAAUGGAUACAUUUUAUGCUGAAUUUCCAAUUUUCAGAAAUCGAUUCCACAACGCUGCAAACCUCACCCAAGAACCUGGAGUAGUGGGUAAAAAUUGCCCACCUGGGUUUAUUUUCGAAAAUUGCCCACCUACUAAAAAAAAUUUGCCCAGCUAAGGCUCGCCUUGAAGACCCUAAAAAAUUUGCCCAGCUAAGGCUCGCCUUGAAGACCCUAAAAAAAUUUGCCCAGCUAAGGCUCGCCUUGAGGACCCUUAAAAAAAAUUUGCCCAGCUAAGGCUCACCUUGAAGACCCUUAAAAAAAUUUGCCCAGCUAAGGCUCGCCUUGAAGACCCUUUAAAAAAUUUGCCCAGCUAAGGCUCGCCUUGAAGACCCUAAAAAAAUUUGCCCAGCUAAGGCUCGCCUUGAAGACCCUAAAAAAAUUUGCCCAGCUAAGGCUCGCCUUGAGGACCCUUAAAAAAAAUUUGCCCAGCUAAGGCUCACCUUGAAGACCCUUAAAAAAAUUUGCCCAGCUAAGGCUCGCCUUGAAGACCCUUUAAAAAAUUUGCCCAGCUAAGGCUCGCCUUGAAGACCCUAAAAAAAUUUGCCCAGCUAAGGCUCGCCUUGAAGACCCUAAAAAAAUUUGCCCAGCUAAGGCUCGCCUUGAAGACCCUUAAAAAAAUUUGCCCAGCUAAGGCUCGCCUUGAAGACCCUAAAAAAAUUUGCCCAGCUAAGGCUCGCCUUGAAGACCCUUAAAAAAAUUUGCCCGCUUGAGGCUCGCCUUAGAGACACUAAAAAAAAAACUUUGCCCACCUAGGGCUCACCCUAAAGACCCUAAAAUUUUUUGCCCACCUAGAUUUUUCGAAAAAAAAUUGCCCACCUGGAAUUCCAGGUAUUGGGUGAGGUUUGACAACGCUGCUCAAAUCAACGAUCCGAGGAAAAUCAAUCGAGUUGCAUCGGAUCAAAAAGAAAAUAAUGAAGAAGAAACUGAAGAAGUUCAACGAACAAAAGAAAUAAAGAAAUUUACAAAGUAAGUUCCGUCCAAUCGAUUUUUUAAAUUUUUUAUAAAAAUUAUUUUUCCAGAAGAAAAGCAUGUGAUCUGACAAAUGUUCGUCGAUCUACUCGACCAAAAAAACCAAAGAGAUUCGAAUAA